AUGGAAGACAUUCUUCUGAGAGGAAUAAAGCAGAAGAGAAAAAGAGUGCCCAGGGAGGAGCUGGAGUAUGAUGUGGAUGGAGAAAGAUACCCUCUUCUGUGCACCUUCGAUGGUCUUGAAACAAAGGCUCCAUUCGAGUCGCCACUCCUAGUCCAAAAGGUUGUUAUACCGUAUUUUUUCAGGAAGACAAAUGUUAUUGUUCAAGCAUUUACAGGGAGUGGGAAGACACUCUCUUACUGCUUGCCGCUUGUUGAGACGGCGCGGAAGGAGAACCUUUUUGGAAUGAUACUCGUUCCUGGAAGUCCGCUUGUGAGGCAAGUCUACAGAGUUGUGAAUGAGAUCAAGCAUAAGGGCCUGGAGGUCGUGGCAGUUUGUGGAGACGGAGAGAAGGACAUGCUUAUUGAAGAGGACGGGAAGGGAGGCCUGGUGGAAAGGGGCAUGGAUUGUGAAUCAAGAGAGAGAGUUGCAAGGGCCCUUCAAUGUGACACAAAGAUUGUGGUGGGGACACCUCGGUCUGCUCUUGGAUUGAUAUGCACGUCUGGGAUGAAGGGUGUCACGCAUCUUGUUAUAGACGAGGCCGAUCUUCUGAUAAAUCCUGGAACUAUUGAGGUUUUCGCAUCAGUUCUCCGUGAGAUUGAAGUAGAGAAUGCACACAUUGGAUGUUUUAGUGCAACUAUGAAUGAGUAUGUGGAGGAGGUUAUAGAGACUGUGAAGAACAUCACGAAGGUGCGUGUCAUAUCCAAGAAGCCCAUAGACCAUGAGUUUGUGUUUGGAACAAACAAAAAGAUCAAGCAUCUGUCAUUACUACAGAUAAUUGCAGACGGAAUUGAGUCGCCAACCCUGAUAUUUGUCAAGGACGAGAGGACGGGAGAGUUUUUGAAGGGGCUGCUGGACCGAAGCGGAGUUUACAAAGAGGGAGGCGAGGCAAGUGGAGAGGUGCUUGAUGCCUUUAGGCUGAAGAAGAUCUGGUACCUGUUUGCAACUGAUUCCCUAGGUAGAGGGAUCGACUUCUAUAACAUCAAGAGUAUUAUAAAUUACGACCUCCCGAAUACAAAAACACAGCUUUUACAUAGAGUUGGGAGAAUCAACAGAAACUGCCAAGGACAGAAGAUCUAUACGAUUUAUUCUGGCGAGGAUUUUGGAAAGAUUUCGGUUGUUGCCGAGUUUCUAGAGGAGAAUGGACACAAAGUACCGGAGCAUAUUUCCCGGAUCAUAGAAAAAAGUAAGAGGAAUAGAAAGGCCUAG